AUGUGUGUGCCACAUUUGGCCUUAGUUCUCCCUCUACAGUAAGUUCCUAAGUGAAGUGCUUCAUGUGGUGAGAUUUUCCUCUAAAACACAGAUAUGGGAGUAAUGAAAACAACACGGAAAAGCAUGGUCACCUUCCAGACCAAAACUGUAGUCUUGAAGGUUUUUUCCAUCGGAAUAAGAACUGAUCUCUGUACAUCGAUGAACACAAGUGUGUGCAAGAUCUGUGCCUUAAAUGAAUGCUACAGGAGGUGACAGCAGACUAAGAAAGUGUGAUUUAAGAAAAGAUGUUGACUGGUUUCAUACUUGGAACAACUAUGACAGACAGCCUUCUCAGAUAAAGCAGUUAUUUAAGUCUUACUUGUGCUAGGAUGAUUACGCCUAUAAAUGACAUAGGGCAGGGCUAAAUGCAGCCUUUAAUUUGAUGGGUUACGGGUUGGACAGUGAAAUAAUUAAUAAGAGAAGACAAAUACUAGAGCAUUCUUUAAGAAUUGACUUUGGGGGUGUAGUACGCUUCAGCCAUUGGAAAGAGCUUCCUAUUUAAUGGUAAUAUUAAAACUAUUAAAUAAUUACAUUGAAAAAAAAAUCUAAUUCUGUAUGGCUUUGUUAACAUAUAUCUUUAUUAUUAUUUCAGCAUGGCAAAUUCUGACCUAAUUUCUUUACUGCUUAUUCUCAUAUUUUGAUUAAGAGUACGAAGAUCUUUUUGGAAGAUGCAGGAAGAAAUACAGAAAAUGAAGGAAAUUGUCCUUAUUUACCUUGACAGAAGUGGUGGCCUUCAGAAAUUUGUGCAUGAUUGUAAAAAAUAUAAUGAGUCAAAACAAAGUUACGCUGUUUAUCGUUUUGUUAUUUCAAUAAAUCCUUCUGAUAUUGCUGAAUUGGAUGCAACUCUUGGAAACUACAUUCUUCAUAAUCCCAUAAAAGCUGCAGAGGUUUUUCAGUCAGUAUGUUUUGUAGCUAUUAAGACAUUAUCAUUAAUUGAACAACUGCAGACAGAGGCCCAGAUCAGUAUACUGCUGAAGCCAACACAUUUGCCAUCUUUACCAAGUUACGUUCACAGUCUUUCUGCAUUUCCAUUUAACUACACGUCUCAUAGAUUUUACAUGUCUGAAGGAAUAGUCAUUGCAAUGGGAAUUGUAACAAAAUAUACACAAGGAGCAAGAUUUCUUUGUACUGAGGAAACCUGUCCGUUCUCUGAAGGGUUUAGGUACAUAAGAGUGCAUCUGCCUGGAGCUACAGAAUCUGCCACAGUGAGGAAUGAUUUUGUGUGCAGUUUAUGUUCUUCACCCCUGCAAGAAGAUAUGACGUUUAGAGUACUUGGUGAUAAACAAAUAGUGGAAAUGAUUGAUGCAAAAGUUCUUAAUGCUUUAAAAGGAUAUUCCAACAAUAAAUCACAUUUUAGGAUUCAGACUUUUACGGUUUUCUUGAGAGAUGAACUGGCCAAUAGAAUGACAAUAGGAAACCACUACAAGAUUAUAGGAAUUCCAACUUGUGUACAAAAUGGCCCACAAGCUACGGCAUGUAUAGAAGUCAGUAGCGUGCAGCUCUGUAAACCAAACGGUCCUUCUUUUAUCGGAGAAAAUUUUAAGUAUCUGCUCUCACUGACUUCAAACUCGUGCUGGAGGUUUACAGCCUUACUGGCCAAUAUCUUUGCUUCUCAAGUUGUUCCGCCAGGCACUUACAAUACUCUGAAACUCGCUAUAUUGCUGAGUCUAGUGCAGACGUGUGAGAAGGAAAGUGCUGAUUACCUGGAUCUGUUGGUUGUGACAAGCGACACCUUAGUAAUUGAUAGGCUUUUGAAUUACAGCAUAUGUCUUCUGCCUCGUGGCAUACGACACCCGUCCUCUAGUGACAUCUUUCCUUCUGUGUCCAAAGAUAAACAUGGAACUGGAAGUGCUACUAUUCAGGCUUGCAGCGUUCUGCUCGCUAAGGGGGGUAUCUGUUACAUAGGAGACUUAUCUUCCUAUAAAAAGGAUAAACUGGAACUUCUACAAUCCGUUCUAGAGAGCAGGACAACAACACUGUUCAUUCCUGGGAAGAAGUAUGGAGCAGAGGCUGACCAACAAGUUACUCUUUCAGUUCAGACCAAUUUUUGGUCUUACAUAGACAUGGAUUCUUCCUCAAAGAAACAUAUACCAAAGGACAGCUUUCUGAUUGGGCAGAUGGACUUGAGCUUGCUUCCACCUAAUCUUCUAGAUGUUUUUGGGCUUUUGAUAUAUGAGUUCCCUUCAUGUCGACUGUCUUUUCCUCUUGUGCAUCAUGUUCUGAAAAGAGCCAUUAAUCCUGAAGCCACCCUGUACAGAGUCUCACAGCAGUUCAGAACACAGGAUUACGAAGAGUUUAUUUUGUUUGCUAAGAAUCUCCACGUUGAAAUGAGCUCAGAAGCAGAAAACCUCAUUCAGGGCUACUAUCUUGCGAGUCGCAGAGUGAGAAGAGAUUCUAUGCAUGGAUCAAACCUAUCAGCAUCUGCACUAAAAAUUCUGAUUUCACUGUCUAAGGCUCAUACCAAGCUAAGUUUAAGAAAGAAAGUACUCGAGGAAGAUGCACUGAUUGCCAUCUUGCUGCUCGAAUCAUCUCUUACCCUAAAGCACGGUAAGUCUGCAUUAUGCAUAGAACCAAAUGCUGUAUUUCCAUUUGACCUCAGUGACGAGAACUCCCUGCAACAGAGGGAUAUUUACCUACAGAAGUGUCACCAUCACCUGCUUCAGUUUAUCAGUGCGUAUGGCCCAGGAAUUCAUGUUAACACUAAGGAGGAGUGAAGUAAAGCCCAAAGCUCAACCAUGUGAAACUUGUGUAGUUUUUCCUUGUUGCUUCUUUUCACAUGCAUUACCCAGUGAGGGCUAGUUUUAAAACAUUACAGACACUUUUUUAGUGUAAGACAGUUUCCUUAAAUUAUUCAUGUACUAUAAACUUUAAAAUAUAUAAAAAAGUCACCAUGCUA